GAAGGUUUUCCUUAACGGGGUGUCCAUCGUCUCUGCAAAUUCAAUUCCUCACGAGAGAAGUAGCAGCCGAAACCGCAGCAUCAAAAUUUCACACCCAUACCACAACUAUCUUUCUCUCUCUGGACACCCUCUUUCCCCCUCAUUCUCUCUCCUCUUUCCCCCUCAUUCUCUCUCUAAAAAUCUCUAAAUAACGCUCAUUGGAUUGCUAUCCAUAAAACCCUAACCCUAAAAAACAGACUCACUAUGGGACUGUAGAACGCAAAACCGGCAUGGACGAAGAGAGGUUCGCAUCAGCAAGAGAAAACCCUAGAAAUAUCGGGUUCGCCAACUGUAACAACAGCAAUAAAUCCAUGCCAAAUGACAUUGCAGUCCAAAAGCCUCCGUCGACGACGAUUCUCGAUCGAUUCAGGAUUAUGUUGAAGAAGAGAGAAGACGAAUUGAGGGUUUCCGGCGAUCUACUGCGGCGACCCGAAGAAAUUGUGCGCCUUUACGAACUCGUUCUGAACGAACUCAGUUUCAAUUCGAAGCCAAUCAUUACCGAUCUCACUAUAAUUGCUGGCGAGCAGAGAGAGCACGGCGAGGGUAUUGCCGAUGUAAUUUGUGCCCGGAUUAUUGAGGUCCCAGUUGAGAUAAAACUGCCUUCUUUGUAUCUUUUGGACAGUAUUGUCAAGAAUAUUGGCCGGGAAUAUGUUAGAUACUUCUCUUCCCGUUUGCCUGAGGUUUUUUGUGAGGCAUACAAGCAAGUUCACCCUAGCAUGCAUCCUGCCAUGCAUCACCUCUUUGGGACCUGGUCAGCUGUGUUUCCAACUUCAGUACUUCGCAAGAUUGAGGCUGAGUUGCAAUUUUCUCCGUCAGUAAAUCAUCAAUCUUCUGGCUUGACUUCCUUGAGGGCUUCUGAAUCUCCUCGACCAACCCAUGGCAUACAUGUCAAUCCAAAAUACUUGGAAGCAAGACAUCAGUUUGAAAUUUCAACUGCAGAUGUGAACAUUCAACAUGGAAAAGGAACCUCUUCACCAUCAAAUGUCAGUGGACAGAAUCUUGCCAUUGGAUAUGACGGAUCCGGUUAUGAUAAUACAGAGGUCAUAUCCUCAUUGGUUGGAGGCCAAAGAUUGAGCUCAAGUGGUCGUUCAGGUCGUACAUCUUUUGCCCUUGGUGCUGAAAAGCUGCCUUCAACCUCAGCUGCUAGUAGGCUAGCAAGGUCCUCAUCUCCUUUCAGAAUUGGGCACCCUAGGACAUUAUCAACUUCAAUUGAAGAGUUUGCAGUGGAUAGUUCUCCCAGAAGGAUCACUGAGAGAAGUUCAGUGUCUCAUUCUGGUCUUGAAAAUGGAACUGGAAGAGUUACGGGCAGAGACGAGGAUAUGAGUGACUGGCAGAGAAAUCAUUGGUCUGAUGAUACUGAACAGCGAUUUGAAACUUCUGCUUAUUACAGUUAUAGCAAUGGAGUUGAGCAUCAAAGUCCCAGAGCUUUAAUUGAUGCCUAUGGAAAUGAUAGAGGGAAAAGAAUUUUGAACAAUAAGCAUCUAAAGGUUGAACACCUGGAUAUAAAUGGCAUAGACAGUAAAGUUGCUUCAAAGACAUGGCAGAAUACUGAGGAAGAGGAGUUUGAUUGGGAGGAUAUGAGCCCAACUUUGCUAUCAUCUGAUCCUCCUCGUGGAAGCUUUAGGACAAGACCUGGUCUUGGAGCACGUAGUGCAGCACCCUUGGAGGCUGAUUUCAGGAGAAGCAGUUGGUCUACCCCCGCCCAGCUUUCCGUGGUUGAUGACUCAUCUGUUGCUCUUGAAGAUGCUGUUCCCACCAUUGGUUCUGGCCGUGGAUCGACCAGUAAGAUUGCUGGAUUCCACAAUGGAACUACACAAAUGCUGGGUUCUCAUUAUCCUCAAGAAGCCUGGAAUUUUCCUGGGAAUCUCCCUUACUCUUCGCAACACCAGCUUAAUACAAAAGGCAGUGGAAGGAAUUUCCAAAUGCCGUUUCCGGGUGGAAUUGCUUCAUCAGCUGGUGAGCAAAAGCCUUUAAUUGACAGUUUUCCAGAUGCCAGUGGGCAAGUGCAUGGUUCCUUAACUAUGGGGUCAAGAAUUGGUUCAUCAGGCCUCGACUUGUUGAACCCAGGGGCUAGGCCAGCUGCUGUACCAGCCUCAAAGAGGGCAUGGCCUCCAGUAAAUUUGGAAAAAUCUCACCCACCCCCUUUGUUAAAUAAUCUUCCACCGCAGAAACAGUUAAGAAAUCAGUUUGAUUUGAUGAAUUCCAACAAUGCAUUUAUGAAUCAAAGUAUAAACAAGACAUUCUUUCCUGAGCAGCACUUGGAUAAUAUUGAAAACAAGGUGAUGAGCUCAGGACAGUUGCCUCAGUUUCCUAGUGAUCAGGCUGGACCAAUCCCUUUGAAUAUGAAAAACCCACUGCAAGUUAUUCCUUUACAACCUCACUUUCGUGUAUCUCAGGAGGUUAAGCAAAAUUUGGGUCAGGCUGCUGGAGUUUCAAUGCCAUCAUCUUUAAUGGUUCCUCCUGUGAAUCAUGGAUACACAACGCAAGGGCAUGGUUCUGCUGUAAAUGCUUUCUUAUUGAAUCCAAUUCCUGCCGUUCAUCCGUCCAUGCCAAUCCUUAAUAUCCCAAAAAGCUCCAUGCAUUUGCAAGGACCCUUGCCACCUCUUCCUCCAGGUCCCCCUCCUGCCUCAUCACAAAUGAUACAACCCAUCCUACAAAAUCCAGGUCUUAUUGUUCCUAACCCUCCUGCUGGGAAUGCAUUUUCGGGUUUGUUUAAUUCUCUCGUGGCUCAAGGAUUGAUUUCAUUGACAAAGGAAGCUCCUGUGCAGGAUUCUGUGGGACUUGAAUUUGAUCUUGAACUUCUCAAGGUGCGCCAUGAGUCUGUAGUAACUGCUUUAUAUGCUGAUCUCCCAAGGCAAUGCAAAACUUGUGGGCUUCGGUUCAGAAGCCAAGACGAGCACAGCAGUCAUAUGGAUUGGCAUGUGACGAAGAACCGGAUGUCCAAGAACCGUAAGCAGAAGCCUUCUCGUAAGUGGUUUCCAAGUAUUGACCUGUGGCUUAGUGGUGCGGAGGCAUUAGGGACUGAUGCUAUUCCUGUGUUUUUACCCACUGAGAAUGUUGAGGAAAAAAAGGAUGAUGAAGAAUUGGCUGUUCCUGCCGAUGAGGAACAGAACGUUUGUGCGCUAUGCGGAGAGCGUUUUGAUGAUUUUUAUAGUGAUGAGACUGAGGAAUGGAUGUACAAGGGGGCUGUCUACAUGAAUGCCCCCGAUGGGUCAAUGACAGGCAUGGAUAGGUCUCAGUUAGGUCCUAUAGUGCAUGCCAAAUGCAGGUCCGAGUCUAGUGCGGUUUCCCCUGAAGGUUUUGGGCGCGAUGAAGGGGGAUAUACUGAAGAGGGUAGUCAACGGAAACGCAUGCGAAGUUAGCCUAAUUAGAUCAGCUUUUUCUAGGUCCUCAAUGAAUUUUUGAGUUGUUUUUUAUAUUAGUGGUAUACUUUUAAUUUUAUGUAGUGUUGGAGCUGGUGGUGCCUUGGCGUCAUGCCAGAAUCAUGUACAUGUAUAGUUGUACCAUUGCACAUUUUCUUCAGCAAAAAGGUUACAAAUAUUCCUUAUCA